AUGGUCAUGAGGAUGUUGAGAGCAACAGAAGUUGUAUGCCACAUGGAUUUGCUUCUGGCUAUUGUUAGGUGUACUCCGUCUUUAGCUUCAUCUUUCUUUGAAAAUUUUCCGCACAAUGUGGAAGAUUUCACAUCACCAUCCUGGUUUUCGUCUAUCUCCUUGGCAGCAAAUUUGGUAUCUUCAGUAGGAAACUCAUGUUCCUUUGGUUCAGAAGAUGUUCAGACUAGGAUGAAAUGCAUCUUCCCCCGACCAUUUAGCCGGUCAUUGAUCACUAAAGGGAUGCUUCAUUCCGAUUUUCUUGUGAAACAUGGGACCUUGAGAUUUCUCUUCGAGUCGCUCAGGCUGUUGGACUCUUUUCUUACUUCUUGGAAACUUUGCUCGUCUCAUGCCUCCGAUCAAGUUCAGGCUUCUUUUGAGCAGGAUGUCAUGAGCGAGGUGAGAAGCUUCUUUCCAGACUCCCAGGUGUUGUUGACUGUACUGAUCAAGUCUCUGGACGGAACUCAAAAGUUGUCUUUGAAGAGAAAAGCAGUGUUGGAUAGUGAGCUAAAUGAGUGCAUCAGUGGUAUACCAACUUACCAAAUUGAGAGAGUUACUACGAAAACUCCACCACUUAUGUUCAAGCAUCUGCAUGUAUUGAUGAAUUUGUUAAUGUUUUCAUCGCACGAAGAAGUGAAGGAUCUAGCGUACGAUUUAGCACUGGAAGCUAUGAGAAGCACCGGUGCAUUUGCAAAAAAUCCAAGUGAAAUUGGUGCAUGGUUCAAGUUUCUACCAGGUUUUGACAAGAUUAAACGACCUCUUAAGGUUCAGGAGGCUGUACUGAGCAUGUCAUCAGUUGUCAUCUCCUUUUUAUGUGAAGCUGUUUCCACUGUUGGAAAUAAUUUAUUCAAGCAAUGGGACAUUGUCAGAAGCAUCUUGUCCCAUUUAAAAGGUGCAUCAAUUGGUUUCAGCCCCCUAACGGUUUGUAUUCUGCAGAAGUGUGUGAGGCUACUAAACUCUGAAUCUAAAAGAUAUUCUUUACCAGAGAAGUCAGAAAUAUCUCUGUACAUCUGCAGCACAUUGAAAUAUCUUUUGCAAACUGAGGUAGAUUCCAGAUCACUCUCAUGUUUGGUCCAGUCAGUUCUGUGUGAGGUGGUUGAAGGAUCUAAGGAUUCUUUAUGUGAAUGGAGGCCAUUGAGAAGGUUACUUCGUUUCUCACAAUCUUUGUCAGACAAUGAACCAUUCAUCUUACAUUCCAGAAUGACAAUUGGUGUAGUUGCUGACACUUCUUUUGCAAACACUCUUGAUGAGAUAACAGAAAAGGUGAAAAGUAUUUGUCCGGAUCAAGAUGAAUUUGCAGGGAUCGUUAAAAAGUUCUCUUCUGCAUUGAUUUGUGAAACAACUGAAUCGAUUUUGAAGAACUUUGCUUCUGUGAUGGCUAUUUCUUGUGAUCUCUAUGAAACAUCAUCCUCGCUUUUACAGUCCAUCUCCUUUCUAGAUGAAAACUUCCUCGGAGACCUUUUAAAGCUAUCACCUGACUUGUUUGCGCGAGGUUCAGAAGUUACUGAGUCCAGGAAUCUCUGUGAAGGAACAACAGAUAGUGAGAUUGAUUUUGCUGACCACUCAUCAGAAGAAUCUGAAGAAAUCAAAAGUAAGACUGCUUUGUUUGUAGAGCAGAUGCCUUUUCAUGCAUUACUUAAUGCAGUUAUGAGGAUAGAUAUGUCUUGCCUACUAGAGUUUCCAAGAAUAUCAGAGCUACUGCUGCUAAAAGUUUCACAACCAGAUAUCCAAUUAAUACUAAACUGGCUGUUUCAGAUACGAUCAUUUUACGAUGUUCAACCAGCUCCAGUACUCUGUCAACUCUCUGAGAUGUGUUUACGUCUCAUGAAGCAAUUGCUCACUCAAACAUCAGAACAGGACCUUGUUUCUGGGCCAUGUUCAGACAAGUUGGUUGUUCCUUCUGCAAAGAGGAAGCAUCAAGUGGCCCAGACACUUAUCUGCCACCCUGUUAUGAUGGCACUGCUGGAGAGUCCCUUGGAUUGUGACACAUUACCUCGAGAGCAGAAUGUUCUCAGUGGAAUAGAUCAACAUAUACUUGAUCUAUUGGUUUAUACCUGUGAGCAGUUUUUAUUCGAUGGGAGAAGCAUUGUGAUUAUUAAGGACUUGGUUGAAAGGCUUCUCUUGGUAUUCAGAGGGAAGUUUGAGCUUUGUGUUGGCUCUCAAAGCUUCGCUCCGCUUCUCCAACAUUCCCAUUUAAUUCAUGCUUUGUUGAGAUUCAUAUCACCUGUCAAACUUCUAUAUCUUUCACGUUCCAUGCUGAGUAAAACUGAGGAGGAAGAUUUAGCUAGCCCAUAUUCGAGUAUGAUACUCAGUUUGGGAUUGGAUAUUGCUGGUGGAGCUUUUGAAAUGCUUAUGUUGUAUUCACACCAGCCGGCUGCUAAGAGAGGGGUAUACGAUUUGCUGUGGGAGUUAGAAGACUAUAAUUAUGACACUAACCUCAUUGAGGAAGUAUAUAGCUUAGCAUGCAAAUUUUCUACCUCUAUGGGUUUGGUCUCAGCAGAUACUUGUUUGCUUAAAGUUGUGAGUGGCCUUUUUAGGGGGAAACAGAGUGUUCAUCCGUUGACCAUGACAGUAUCAAAGAUUGUUGGGAGAACUCCUAAGGAUUUGAUUAUCCAUUGCAUAAAUCAGGCAAACAGGACCAGAGCCAAGAUGUUGUGCUAUCUAGUGGAGUCUAGUCCCUUGCAUCUGUCAGUCUUUGGACACAUUUUUUGUAGUCUUCUAAGUAAGCAGCAAGAUGACUUUAACCUUACAGAUGAUCACUUUAUUAUGCUUCUUUCUGCUGUCCUAUCAUAUCUGACAUCAGUUAUUGCAAAACUCAAGAAGCCGGGUCGUAGAUGUGUGGAUAUAACUUCAGCUUAUUCAAGUGUACUAAUAAAUUGUUUUCUACAGUGGCCGAAGUUUGUCUCCGAGUGCAUCUUUGAAGAGAAGUAUGAAGAGAUUGUUCUGAUCAUGAUUUGGGAUAUGGACACUAUAUUUAAUGCAAGUCUUAUUGGGAAGGCAGUGUGUAUGUUUCAGCAUCACUUUGCUUUGACAGAAAGCCCAACUAAAACAGACGAUCUCUUGAAGAUAUUCUGUUCCAUGUUUCCUCACACUAGCGAAGAUGACAUGUUGAGUUACGAGAUAAAAGAAGUGGACGUUGAGUCAGUAGACGAUCUUCUUAAUGCUUCUAUCCGUGUAGUUGCAAAAGUAGAACUUUCAAGGAUUUGUUUGAAGGAAAGUUCUCCAGAAAUGGGAUCGAACAGAGAGAGGUUACUAAAUGCUUUAGUUAACUGCUGUAUAUGUAUUGUCAAGAGAUGUGAUGGUUCUACUAAAGGGAAAGAAGACAAAUGUUGGCUCUUGUGCAAAAGCCUUGAAGACUUUAUAUUGAGAAGUAUUCUAAAAGUCUUGGAAGACAUGUGUGAGAAGCUUGCACACUUAGAUUCCGUUCCUUUCCUGGAGAGACUAAUGAAAUCAGUUCUUCUGUAUAGAUUUGAGGACACAAAGACAUGGAAGAUGUUGAGGGAAAUCUUCUGCUUAUUGUCUAGAGGGAAGUACUCGUAUGCACCAUAUCUCCAACUCCUAAUAUCUCACUCUCAGUUUAUACCGACCAUCAGUUCUAUAUCCAUAUCAUCCUCACAUACUGGUGUCUUAUCCACGCCUGUCUCCAGCAUUCUAAAACAUCUUAUCAUCCCAAGUCCAAGUUCUGUCCGAGUUAAAAGUUGUUGUCUCGAAGCACCUGACUAUGCGAAGCAGUUAGAAAUUGUCAAAACCCUCAGAGUGCUGCUCCUCAAAAGUGGCAAAGAUUCAGGAAUCAAUCUGAAAGAACUGCAUUUUCUUCUUUUGUCUUCUUAUGGUGCAACCAUGAGCGAAAUCGACUUAGAGCUCAACAAGUUGAUGCAACCUAUCGAGUUGAUUGAUGAGCUGAAUGUUUCUGAAACUGAUUAUUUGUGGGGUAAGGCUUCUUUGAAAAUAAGAGAGGGGCUGCGUUUCUCUCAUGAUGCAUCAGACUGUGGUGAAGCUGAUUACUUGCAGAGCCUUGUCAAAGAGAAUCUUUGUAUCGAUCCCAAAAUAUGUGCUCUAACCGUUUUGUAUUUUCCUUAUCAACAUACUGCAAAGAAAUGCUCACGAUAUGAUCCAGCUUUCAUCCUGCGAUUCUCAGAACACUCUUUGUACACGGGAUACAUUGAACCAGUGGAGUUCGCCAGUUUAGGCUUGCUUGCAGUUGCGUUUGUGAGCCUGUCUUCAGCAGAUCUUGAGAUGAGAAAAUUGGGAUAUAAAACUCUUGGGAGAUUUGUGGAAGCCCUAAAGGUAAUAAUAAUAUUCAUUUUAUCUUCUUUAUAUAUGCAUAACCUGUUUUUGACUGUCUACUGCAAGUUGGUAAAUGUGGUAAUUUUUCCUAUGUAGGGUUGUGAGAGGAAUAUGCAUGAAAAAAACAGGCUUAUGCUUCUGCUGUUGUUUGUGCAAAAUGGAGUUGAUAAACAAUGGCAAAGAAUCUCAACUGUUUCUGCUGGUUUUGCCGCUGAGACAUCUCUGAUAUUGUUGGAGCCUUCUCAUGAACAUUAUGGUCCCAUACUUGAUUUUUUGAAGAGAUCAAAUAGACUGAGGCUAAGGGGAAUACCUUUGUUUCGUCAUUUUUUCUUGGACAGCUCUGUUAGAUCACAGAGGCUAUGGGAACUUCGUCUACUGUGUGUGGGGUUGAAGUCAGAAGAUGAUGCUCAAAUUUAUAAGGAAAACUCAGUCCUGGAGAAACUGAUGAGUUUCUUCUCGGAUCCUUCUGCUGAUGAUGAAACUAAAGGACUAAUCCUUCAGGUUGUGAGAGAGUCAGUCAAAUUCCAUACGAUGGCCGAACAUCUAGAUGAAAACUGUGGUCUCUUGUCAUGGUGUUCAUCAUGCAUCUCAUUUUUUACUACCAAGCCCAUUGGAGAUGAAGAUUCACGCUUUGUACUAGUCUUGGAGGUCAUAGCUGAUGCACUCGCCUCCAGAAAAGUUACAGAGCGGUUGCAAAAAGAUGGCCUCGAAGAGCUAAUGGAAACCUCAUCGCGUUUAUACAGAGUGUUAGGUGGUGGAUUGGUCUCAGUACAAGAAAAUGGUACUUGCGUUGAUUUGAUUUUGCAGAUACUAUCUGAUACACUAAAGAUAUCACAGAAACGAGAAAGGGUCCAGCCACAUUUCACCAUCACAUACGAGGUGAUAUUCCAGCUGUUUGAGGCUGUUGGUAAUUGUGAUUCUCCUCGAGUCGAAGCUAGUGCAGAGCGUGGGCUUGAUACUAUAUUAAUGACCACCCCACCAGUUGACAUUAUAUACAUGGACGUGGAGAAACUGAGAAGGUUUCUUUUGUGGGGAACCUCCACAGCCUUGAAGAGUGACCUUAAAAAUAGAUCUAAUCCCAUUGAGUCUGAUAAAGAACAAGGACAAGAAGAGACUAUGGUGGCAAAGUUUCUACGCUGGCUGAUGGGUUCACUGAUUCUUGGAAAGCUUUAUUCUGAAGCUAACCAUUUGGAUCCAAAGACAGAAAUAUUAUUUGUAUUCUUGAAGAAAAGGAAUCUCGGAGGUAGCAUGACAAAGUCAGAGCACGUACUAGGGAAAGUAAUCUUACAUCUCCAAAAGCUUGUGCGUACAAACGACAACGUUGUUCUUCUUCCCUCGGUUGUAUUUGCACUUUCUCUUAUGCUCCUUGGCAAUGGCCUUGGGACUUCAGGUACUGAGUCUGAAGGUGGUGAUGAUUACAAGCUCAUCAGAUCUUUAUGCUCUAGAAUUAAUAGUCCUCCAGAGGCUGUUCCGGAUUGGAGAUGGUCAUAUUAUCCGUCCUCGUCCGAACCAGGCAAGAUGGAUGUACUACAUGCGUGCCAACACCUUUUGAUGAUAUUAUCUGAUAUGCUUGGAGAGACGCCACGUGAAUAUCAACUUCGUGAAUGCUUUGACAUGUCCAGUGUAUUUGAAUGGGAAAGAGGUUUAGUUGAGACUUCAUCUAUGUAACUAUUACAGCCAAAUCAAUCCGUUUUGUUAACUUCACUUACGUGCCAAGCUUGGCCAUUACA